GGCUCCAAAGCCCACAUGGAAAGGCUGGAGGAAGUGACCAAGGAGAUUGAGGCCACUGACACCUACCAGCUGCGGGACACGGAGCUGAUCUAUGGAGCCAAGCACGCCUGGAGAAACGCGGCCCGCUGCGUGGGCAGGAUUCAGUGGUCCAAGCUGCAGGUGUUUGAUGCCCGUGACUGCACCACAGCCCAUGGGAUGUUCAAUUAUAUCUGCAACCACAUCAAAUAUGCCACCAACAAAGGGAAUCUCAGAUCUGCUAUCACCAUCUUCCCGCAGCGGACGGACAGCAAGCACGACUUCCGCAUCUGGAACGCCCAGCUCAUCCGCUACGCCGGCUACAAGCAGCCCGAUGGCACCAUCCUGGGAGACCCCGCAAACGUGGAGCUGACGGAGAUCUGCAUUCAGCAAGGGUGGAAGGCACCUCAUGGGCGCUUCGAUAUCCUGCCUCUGCUCCUCCAAGCCAACGGGAACGAUCCAGAGCUCUUCGAAAUCCCCCCAGAGCUUGUGCUGGAAGUGCCCAUCAGGCACCCCAAGUUUGAGUGGUUUAAGGACCUGGGCCUGAAGUGGUAUGGUUUGCCAGCAGUUUCCAACAUGCUCCUGGAGAUCGGUGGCUUGGAGUUUUCCGCCUGCCCCUUCAGCGGCUGGUACAUGGGCACAGAGAUCGGGGUCCGAGACUAUUGCGACAACUCUCGCUACAACAUACUGGAGCAAGUGGCCAAGAAAAUGAAUCUGGAUAUGAGGAAAACCUCCUCGCUGUGGAAGGACCAGGCCCUGGUGGAGAUCAAUAUUGCUGUGCUGUACAGCUUCCAGAGCGACAAGGUGACCAUUGUGGAUCACCAUUCAGCCACUGAGUCCUUCAUCAAGCACAUGGAGAAUGAGUACCGAUGCCGUGGAGGCUGUCCAGCUGACUGGGUGUGGAUUGUCCCGCCAAUGUCUGGCAGCAUCACUCCAGUUUUCCACCAGGAAAUGCUCAACUACCGUCUCACACCCUCCUUUGAGUACCAGCCGGACCCCUGGAACACCCACGUCUGGAAAGGGGUCAAUGGGACGCCUACCAAGAAGAGGGCCAUUGGCUUUAAGAAGUUAGCAAAGGCUGUGAAGUUCUCAGCCAAGCUGAUGGGACAGGCUAUGGCCAAGAGGGUCAAAGCGACCAUCCUGUACGCCACCGAAACAGGGAAGUCACAGGUCUAUGCAAAAACUCUGUGUGAAAUCUUCAAGCACGCUUUCGAUGCCAAGGUGAUGUCCAUGGACGAGUACGACAUCGUGCACCUAGAGCAUGAAACCAUGGUCCUGGUGGUCACAAGCACAUUUGGAAAUGGAGACCCACCUGAGAAUGGAGAGAAAUUUGGCUGCGCAUUAAUGGAGAUGAAGAAUCCCAACUCCAACCUGGAGGAGAGGAAGAGCUACAAGGUCCGUUUCAACAGCGUCUCCUCUUACUCGGAUGCGCGGAAAUCCUCAAGCGAUGGCCCUGACUCCAGGGACAACUUCGAAAGCACGGGGCCCCUGGCUAAUGUCAGGUUCUCCGUGUUUGGGCUGGGGUCACGUGCUUACCCCCAUUUCUGCGCCUUUGCCCGGGCGGUGGACACCCUCCUGGAGGAGCUGGGUGGAGAGAGGAUCCUCCGCAUGGGAGAAGGGGAUGAACUCUGUGGCCAGGAGGAGUCCUUCAGGACCUGGGCCAAGAAGGUCUUCAAGGCAGCGUGCGACGUGUUCUGCGUGGGGGACGACGUCAACAUCGAGAAAGCAAACAACUCCCUCAUCAGCAACGACCGGAGCUGGAAGAGGAGCAAGUUCCGCCUGACCUACGUGGCUGAAGCCCCAGAACUCACACAAGGACUGUACAGCAUCCACAAAAAACGUGUCUAUGCAGCCCGGCUUAUCUCACGCCAGAACCUGCAGAGCCCAAAGUCCAGUCGCUUGACAAUUUUCCUGCGCCUCAACACCAAUGGACACCAGGAACUGCAGUACCUGCCUGGGGACCACCUGGGGGUGUUUCCAGGGAACCAUGAAGACUUGGUCAAUGCCCUGAUUGACAGGCUUGAAGAUGCUCCUCCAGCCAAUCAGCUGGUGAAGGUGGAGCUCCUGGAGGAGAGGAACACAGCUUUAGGUGUCAUCAGUAACUGGACAGAUGAGAACCGGGUCCCACCAUGCACCAUCUUCCAGGCUUUUAAGUACUAUUUGGACAUCACCACCCCUCCCACACCCCUGCUGCUGCAGCAGUUUGCUUUGUUGGCCACCAGUGACAAGGAAAAGAAACGUCUACAGGUCCUUAGCAAGGGCUUGCAGGAAUACGAGGAAUGGAAGUGGUCCAAGAACCCCACCAUCGUGGAAGUUCUGGAGGAGUUCCCCUCAGUGCAGAUGCCCUCCACGCUGCUGCUGACUCAGCUCCCCCUCCUCCAACCACGCUACUACUCCAUCAGUUCCUCCCCAGAGAUGUACCCGGGUGAGGUCCACCUCACCGUGGCAGUGGUCUCCUAUCGCACGAGAGAUGGAGAAGGACCGAUCCACCACGGAGUCUGCUCCUCUUGGCUCAAUCGGAUACAGACAGAUGAAGUAGUGCCCUGUUUUGUAAGAGGUGCCCCCGGGUUCCACCUGCCCCAGGAUCCCCAGGUGCCCUGCAUCCUCAUCGGCCCCGGCACCGGCAUCGCCCCUUUCCGGAGUUUCUGGCAGCAGCGACUUUUCGAAAUCCAGCACAAAGGUCUGAAGCCUUGUCCUAUGGUCCUGGUAUUUGGCUGCCGGCAAUCCAGGAUCGACCACAUUUACAAAGAGGAGACGCUCUUUGCCAAAACCCAAGGUGUCUUCAGAGAGCUGUACACAGCCUACUCCCGGGAACCGGACAAACCAAAGAAAUACGUGCAGGACGUGUUACAGGAGCAGCUGGCCCACACCGUGUUCAAAGCACUGAAGGAGCAGGGAGGCCACGUCUACGUCUGCGGGGAUGUCACCAUGGCCGGGGACGUCCUGAAGACCAUCCAGCGCAUCGUGAGGCAGCAGGGCCAGCUGUCGGUGGAGGAGGCAGGGGCUUUCAUCAGCAAGCUGCGGGAUGACAGCCGGUACCACGAGGAUAUUUUUGGAGUCACCCUGCGUACGUACGAAGUGACUAACCGCCUUAGAUCUGAGUCUAUUGCAUUCAUUGAGGAGAGCAAAAAAGAUACGGAUGAGGUUUUCUGCUCCUAACUGGAUCCUUCGCCCCAAGGGGAUGCCAAACCAGUCCCAGUGCCUGCUGCCCCCUCCAGCUGGAGGGCACUGGGUUUUGUAUUUCACGGACACGGUGGCUCCUUUUCCGCGGGGAACUGCCCAUGGAAAGCGCUCUGUCUCUCGUCCUGUCGUUGUGUCCUGAUGAUGAUGAUGAUGAUUUUGAUUUCCUUUUCUUCCCUCUUCCUCUUGCUCUCUCUCUUUGUCCUGUGGCGGUUUCUUUUCACCCCCUUUCCCUCCCCUGGAUUUCCCCACUGAAGUACGAUGGCUUUAUAACCUGCAGUGGCUCUUAACAGAACUCCACAUUUCUCCUUCUUCUCAUGAGGGCAUUUUGCAGCUGCAUGAAAUCACCACCUUUGUGAUCAUCUGCGUUUUUGGUGUUUUGGGGGAGAGCAGAGGUGGCGGGGGCUGGCCAAUAGCUACGUCUUGUUGCUUGAAUAGAGCUGGGGGACGUUCCCCCCAGGCUCCCCCUUUCCCCAGCUUGGGGCUUGGCUGCAUCCUUGCGUUUUUCGUGGCUUUCCUUUGGAGUUGUUCAGACCUGGGUUGGGGGCAGAUGACGUGCGAUGCCCCUGUGCCUGUGAACUUUACUCAUCCCCAAGCAGAGUGGGUACAAAUGUCUCUGUUUUGAUCCAAAGGGUGGGACGUCUCUGAUUUGCGUGUCACGACUUCUCCUAAACAGCCGCUGCGCUAUGUUUGCCUCCUCCUCUGCUCCCUGUUCCCUGUGACCCUCUCCUUUUGCUCGAUCCCCACUUUUGCUGGCAUGAAAGCCCUUCCCCAGGGGAGCCAAGCACUGAACACACAGGCUGGUGUGUGUGCUAGGGAAAAUCUCCUGGCAAUGACUGCUGCUUGGCCCGGCUGUCCUCCCGAAGGCUUUCCAGGAGAUACACCAUCUGCAGCCAAGAUGCUGGUGGGAGAGAUUCAGGGACCGGCUGCAUCCCAGAGCUUUGCACGAUGUGAACACGUGAACCUUCUCCCGGGUGAGGCUGGGAGGCAACGAGGAUGGGAGAGAAGUGGUUUCAACCCCAGCCGCAGGAGGCACCUCCUGAUAACAAAGCCCCUUUGGAAGGCAUCACUUGGAGGCUGACGGUGGCUCCCGCUCCUUGGCAAGGAUGUGCCCACCGAGGAGUCUUGAAAGCCCAGAGAGUGUCAGCUCCACCUCAGCACAGUUUUAUGAGCCGUUCUGGGACAGCAGACCCCAGCCACUUCCACACCUCCGGGAGCAGAAAGUGCCAGCAGAGAGUGACCUGCCUGCCAAAAGAAGUACAUGUGGCAUCUCGGUGGCAAGCCUGUCCUCCCCUCUGUAGGCUCCGUGCCACCUGCCAGCGGCACGAGCUGUCUCUGCCAGGACAUCUCAUGCGAGAAGGGAGGUGAGAUGGGCUGCAAAGAUGCUGCGUGAUUCUGGGCUCUGACACGCUCGCACCUCAGCCCUGCUGCAAAAAAUCCAGCCCCAAAAGCAAUCUGUUAACACGCUCCCAGAAAGACAUCAGCCCCCUUUAACAGAGAAAAGCUGUCCGCAAGGUAAAGCACGUGUGACCUUGUGUGUCCUUCCUCCUUCUCCUCCCUUCCUCACCCUGCAGAAGGUUUGUCCUCCCUCAGUGCCUGGAGGAGGACAGCGGGGCAUGGCUGCAGCUCUUGCUGGAGGCAGGGAGAGGAGGUUGGCACUUGGAGGUGGUAGAUGCCAGCCCUUUCCUCCCACCCCACUCUGCUGCACUGAGGAACGAUGCUCGUAGGGAGCAAAGCACCUGCACUGGCGACAGCAGAGGGUUGGUCCAGGAGCUGCAAUGCUGAGCUUUGCUUUCAGAGGGCUGAGAUUGUCCACCCUAAGCCAAAGUCAGAACAAAAAGAGGUUUGCUGCUCUCCCAGUCCAUGGUACACGCCGUGCAGGUUCCCCUGGCCCCAGGCUGUGAGUUACCCCCACCCUCAGCCAGGACCUCCUGCCCUUUCCUGCUUCUUGGCUGGCCACAUCUCCACGUGCUGUGACCAUCUUCUUCAGCUUUGACUCCCCGAGUGAUUAAAGCAGCUCCAGCCCAAAAUCCAGAAGCAAAAGGCGUCCCAGGCACCGGGAGAAUGUGAGAUCCAGUUUUGCUGGUCCCAGCAGAGCAUCUAGCGUGGCGUACAGUGCGAAUGAAUGCUGCCACGGUGUGGCCAGAGCUGAGCUCGCUGGGCUAGCAAGGAACAGGUUUUGGAGCCAGGUAGAAGGCCAGGUUUGUGUCACUGCCCGGGGACUUUGUGACCUGGUGGUGAAAGUAGGACAGGACCGGGAAAAGGGCAGCCCCUGGGCCACCAUGGCGGGUUGUGCCCUAACCCCGGGACAGGCAGUGGGAUGGGGGAGCUGGAAACGUACAGCAAACCUGGUCCUACCCCCCCAGUGCUAUGGCUGCAGAAAGAGAGCUGAAAAAUAAAUUCAAACUCAUCCCCUCCUUGGGGGGAAAUUUAGUCUGUCUCUAGACUCUUCUCUGGUCCUCCUUUCAGUAGAAGGAAUGAUGCAACCUGAGGAGGAGGUAGUGCCCAAAGAAAUGCCCUUGUCUUCGUCCUCUUUCCAGCUCAUCCUGUGUUGCUGGCAAUUAGUUUUCUCCUGUCCUGCCUUCUGCCUGUAUCGCUGUAACAUCUCCCAUCUGGAAAUCAUAUUGCUGCUGCAGCCUGUGUCUGAGAUGGAUGGCCUUGCUUUGCCCACACCCCAAAGCUCCCCACCUCCAUCUCCUCCUUCCAGCUGAGCCGCCAGGGAAAGCAGUGGAGAAGGGACCAGGGUGUGCGUCUCGCCUCCGGUGAGAUCUCCAGAGGGGUCUGUGCGGGGCAGACAGCCCAAGUUCAACAGGCAUCGGGGUAGGCGAGUCCUUCAGAGCCAUUUGGAAGGGAAAAGCUGGUCUAAGGCCAACCUGCCUGGCCCUGGAGAAGAAACACCCCCCUGCAGUGAAGGUCCAUGAAGUGAAUAUAUCCCCCAGGGCUCCGGCUGCCGCUCCGCUCCUUCUGCCUGAGCCACACCGCUGGGAAUUUUGAUUCAUUGGGGUUUUUUUGUUGAGUCAGUCUCAGACGUCUUAACUUCUCCUUCAUCCCCCUUACCUGCAAGGACUUCGCACUCCCCUUGAGCUUAAUUUUCUUCCACGGCUAAGGGGGAGAAUAAACUUGCGGAUCUGCUUUAUCAUUCCACAAAUGUGGCUCUUCCACCAGUUGUCUAGACUCUGCUCCUCUCGGUGUGACAUUUCUGACGCGUAGGUGUAGCUACAAUACCUCCAGCAUGCUUAAACGGCGGGGAGCGAGGUGGGGUCUACUGCAGACUGGUGCCAUGAGCAGCUCAGGGGGGUCAUGCAUGGAGGGGUUGUGCCUCUUGGCCACUUGGGUCACAGAUCUGUCACCUCCGGGUCCCCGUCCAGGCUCCUCCACUUCCCCACGUGGCUUUUGCCUCCUGGACCUGAUGGACACCCAGCCUGAUCCAAUGUCCCACCACAGAUCUCCACCACUGCUUGUUUUGCAGCAGCUGAGCUCCUUUUCACUCCCCAGGAGAUUCGAUUUUCAAGACACCAUGAAGUGAGGGGUUUUUUUGUUGAAGAUUUUAAUUCGUAAGUUUUUCAAAUGUCCACAGGAAGUUAUAUAUGAACUUGAAAACUCAUGGGAAACAGUUCUCUGUUUUCCCAACCUGCUGUGUCCAGUAGCAGGGAAAAAUAAUUUGUUCAUUCAGUGCAAGGGUAUCUAUUGCCUGUCUUGUUGAUGACUUCAAAGGUUUCAUUUCCCCAGAAGGACUGCCGGGGAGUUUGUUUUUCUUCUAUUUAUGAGAGACAGCAGGAAAAUAAUGAGACUUCUGCCAUCAGGAGUAGACUGGCAAAGAUGACACCUCCAAGAUGGUUGCUGUGUGGGCCUGAGCUCACUGCACUGGAGAAACCAAGUCAGUCGCAUUCAUAUUGGCCAGAGAAAUGGAGUUUUUGAGGGGUUUGGGCUGUCCAUGCUGCCUGUCCCCUGUCCUGUGCCUACAUGUCCCCAGGGGCAAGCAGGGGACUCUGUUCACAUCCAAUGUGUCCGUGUGUGACUGGAAAACUUGGAGUUGUGUCCUGAGCCAACCUGAUUGCACCUCUGCAGAAGAAGGAGAUGGGAUGGGAGCUGCAUGAACCUGUGUCCAGUCUGUGAUCGCUCCGUUCGUUCCUUUACUGUUCGUAUGCGGCGCCUCUCGCCCCAUCCCAGGCUCCCUCCAACUGCUUCCCUCUGGAGAUCCCUCCUUUCUCCUUCCCAGCUCCAUCUGCUCAGCCAAAAGGUGUAGUUUAGCAAGGGUGGGUCCUGGGGGUGGCAACGGACUUACAGUGCCUUGUGCCAGGAAGAGACUAUUGCACCGGGGUUGCCCUCCUGCUCCUGCCCUCUCUAGAGAUGCUCCUACUACACAUGGACCAGAGGAUGAGGGGAACAGGUGGCUUCGUUUGACAAGUGACAUUCUUGGUGGGCAAACUCCCCCUGGGAUAACCAAGAGCAAGCUCAUAGCCCUGCUCAGCCACUCUCUGCCAUUAAUCUCCCAGUGAUGGGGUUUUAGAGCGGGUUGGGAGGCAGCACAGGGUUAGACCGUGGGUGCAAACUGGACAUAACCUUCUGUGAAUGCCCACCAUGUCCUGGAGACCACCUUUCCACCUUUUUAUGAAGCUGUUUUGGGGGGAGAGGGCAUCUUUGUGUUGAAGCCUCGUGGACUCACACCAAGCCCAAGCCAAAGCUGCUGCCUCCCGACUCAAGGACCGCUGAAGCCGUUACAGUCCCCUGAUUUAUACCUGCAGAGAGUUCCCAGCGCUUUGUGGGAGGAUAAUUUUAUGCUCCAAACUAAAUUUUGUUCCUGCUUUCACCGGGGACCGGUUCUCAGCUUCGGAAUUGCUCUGAUAACUUUGCAAUUGCUUUGAUAGUUCCAGAGGGGAGCCCAGUCCCUUUACAGAACAGAUGGAAACACAUUUUCAGGACCAUUCAAACUUCACUCUUACUCCGGCUUUCUUAUAACAAUUUCUUCUGCUAUAACAGGGGGAGCAAAAUUUGGCCGGUGCUGAGUGCUCUCGAAAACUGCAUUCCCAAACUUGGACAAAAUUAUUCUAGAAUCAGAGUCCUCUCAGAUAUGAAAUGCCUUCCACACGGGCUGGCUUCAGCGGCGUCGGGGGUUUCAGCAGUUUGCAGGAUCAGGCUUUUGCACCAACAGCAGCAGUUUCACGACAACACUAUUUUUUUUGCGUGUGUCAACCUGCACUUGCACUUGCCUGCAAUGCAGGACUCUCACCAUCCAUUUGAAAUCUGCCCUCAGAUCUGAGCUCUAGCUUCUUUCAUGCGACCGUGUGUAUUUACCAGGCAAUCAGGGGAGCUAGAGAAGGCUAAUGAGGCUGCUGUUUAAAAGCACUUGGCUCCAGAAGCAAACCAGACCUUACCAGGGGUUGAAAAUGGCUUGAUUUUUAGUACAGGUACAAGGGGAACUCAUGAAAUAUUUAAGCAUUGUAACGCAGACACACCUUUUCCCUGCCGUGCCAGGAAUGAAGUAAAUUAGAAACUCUUGGCCUCCACCCCUACAGAUGUUUGGCUCUGAUGGAAGUUUGUGCCAUCGAAAUCGCAGGGAAAAAAUUAAAAAACACCACAAAACCCAGAUUGUGAGUCCAUAGCUGCGCAGCCACAGCUUGUUUAGCAGCGAGAGGGGCUGCUGCUUUCCUGCCUUAUUCACUCACUUGUGUACCUACCUGGCCGGAUUUUGGGCAGAGAAGAGGGAAGAAUCACUUGAAAAGCAAGAAAAUCAAACCUGCAAGGCCUUGCCCUGAGAAUCGCUCCUUCACCAGGAGCCGAUGAGCCAAGGCUUUGAUGGUGCUCCUCGUGUCCAUGGGCCAAAGCCUGAGGAGCUGUUGUGGGGUGGUGGAACGGCAGGAGAGCGGGGCCAGGCUGCGGGCAGACUCCUGGCUGCAGGAAUUACACACAACUCCAUAGGUCUGGUUCGGAAACCUGCUAGUGAAUAACACCCAGCAAAGUAUAUUUCUACUGGGGGCAUUCUUAAUGCUUUGAAAUGUCAAGGCUCAAUACUGAUCUGAAAGAGCAACUCAUUUGGGGCUUCUUUUUGUUGCUUUGUUUUCAUGUGUUGGCUUUGGAAAAAAAAAAAAAGAAAAGAAAAAAAAAAGAAAGGUAUAUCAAAAUGUUUUGGAUGAAACUGAAUAUUUUUUCCCCACAAUAAUUGCUAACGGAGAUUUUAAAUUUUUCCCAGGGCAACAAAACUGCCUUAACAUGUAUUCAACUCCAACAAGAGGCAUUAGCGCUACUCACUUCUCAACCUGCUUUUUUAUUUGUCUCUCUGUGUGAUGGUGGCAUGGAACCACAUCUUAACAAAAUACACUCUGCAGCGCUCAACAGGAUUUCCAGAAAAAGAAGAGAGUGUUUCCGAAUCUCCCCGUGCCCAGCAUUGAAGUGACGGCUUUGAAGCCAAUGAAAUUCAAUGCGAAAUUUCUGCUUUGCUAGAACUCUACGAAAUAGGCAAAUGUCCGCGAUUCCCAAGGUUACACGUGCUCUGCUGCCUUGAGAUGCCUUCAAAAAAACACCCUGGGAUCCGUGUGCUGAAAAGAGCUUGAGAGUAGGUUCCCUGGUCUGCAGCAACAACCCCCGGCUCUUGUAGAGUGUAGACAAUUCCCCAGGCGGUAGAUGAACAGAGUCAGAUGAUUUUCAGCCAGGACUCAUUGCUUUUUAGAUUGCAUGUAGUUAGAAACAUGAGUUCUGCCAGCCGCCCAGGGAAUUUGAUAUUCAGUGCCAAUUAAUUUUUGUAAUAGGAACAGGGAUUUCUUCCCUCCAUUCCCUUAGGCACCUUUGAAAAGCAUAAGCCUCAAAGGUUGGUUUGGAUUCUUUUUUUUUUUUUUUUUUCUGGUGGCCUUUUUACUGAAGCGCAGCAGUGCCGAGACGAGAAAGGGGGCCGGUCUGUGAAGGAUAGCAGCUUUGGGGCAGGCACCUCCCAAACUUGCCAUCGCAGAGGUUUUUCUAAACCUUCAAUCGUGGGUGAAUUCUGCUCUGCUUGAUGGGACUCCAACCUCUCGCUGCUCUCUGGUCCUCCCGCUCCUUCCUCCCGCCCCUCAGCGCCUCCUCAUGUCACUGUGCCUUCAUUUGGUUUAUAAGAUGAUGCCGUGAUUUAAGACUGGCACGUUGUCUUUACUCUCACUUUGCAUCCCGUAAGACAGGUAUGUGUGGAGGGGGGGGGGCAUUUAGCUUAUUUUGUAGCUUUUUGUGUCAUCCUGGUAGGUAUCUUCUGAGGAGCAAAGGGGUGGGGAGGGUGGGAGCAGGGGUGAGCCAGUGUUGUAUUUGAUCGUACCAGUGCUUUAAGCGGCCAGAAACGUGGUUUUCCCCUACCUCCGAGCUCUCAAUGCUGCUAAAAAUCUCUGCCAUUCGUACAAUGUACUCCAGCCCCCUCUCUCGGACUGACUCUGGCUCUGUUUGCAAGAUAUCCACAUUGUUCUAAAGCAUGCACCUCUCUCUGUAUAGUUCCGAUCUUCUGAUUUUAUGGAAUACUUAUGCCUGUUUGCAUUACAGUCAAAAUAAAAAAAAAAGUGAACUAAAA